AUGACGCGCCGGUGCUGCCGCGGCUUCUCCAUCGCCGCCACCUGUUGUCGAGGACUCUGGCGAGGCAACAGCGCUGCCAUCGCCGCCUCCGUCGCCCUGCAGCAACGCGUCCAGCACGCUUGGCUUCAGGACAAGAUCGUGCAUGGCCACCUUGCCGCUCCAGAGAUCAACGUUGAGCUGCUUCGCAUCGACGUUCUCCGCGUACUUGGAAAUGUGCGGCACAAGUAUGGCGCUUAA